UAUUAUUCAUGUAAAAUUCAAGUUUAUAGCAUCAACCGACAUGUUUACCAAUCUCGAGUCGGCCGGCUUUGGUCGCCAUGUCCAAGCGCUAAUGCAGCGGCAUCGCGUGCCUGGCUUUGCUCUGGCUCUUGUUCAAGAUGGAAGAGUGACUUCAAACGCUUUUGGAAGCGCAACACUGGACCCGAAAAGAGAAUUCACAACAGAUACCAUUAUGCCGGUUGGAUCAAUCGCUAAAGCGCUCACGGCGGCGGCUGUCGGACUGCUUGUUGCGGACCAGGCUUUGCCCGAUGUCCAGUGGACGGCGCAAAUGAGGAAAAUCUUGCCAGAUGAUUUUGUAAUCCAGGGUGGCAAGCAUGAUGAUGUAACCUUGGAAGACGUGCUCUGCCAUCGUACCGGAAUGCCUGCGCACGAGUUUUCCAUCUUGGGCGCCAAAUCCAAGACGCGAGAUAAUGCUAGAUCUCUGACGAGAAAUCUACGCAACCUUCAGCCAGCAGCAGAAAACAGAAGUCAGUUUAUCUACUCCAACAUCAUGUACUCUGCGGCGAGCUAUGUGGUGCAAGUCAAACGUGGACUCUCAUUUGAACAGGCGAUGCAGAAGUACAUGUACCAGCCUCUCCAAAUGCAUUCUACCUGCCAGCUUCUCUCCACAGUCAAAGAGCGCGGCCAGCAAGACAGACUGGCGGUUGGAUACAGCUUGCUCGACGACGACGUGAUACCAGUAUAUCCGACCGAGUGCCCAGAUGCGCAAGGUUGCGGACAAACCAUGUCUACCGUGAACGACAUUGGUAGAUGGAUUAAAGCAUUGAUGCAUGCAGAGGCCCCAUUUUCCAAAGACUUGGUUGCGCAACUUACCGCACCGCGGAUCAGACAAGAGGCAGAGGACGAGCGCUCUAGCGCACCUUUUGCGGCACUGGGCUGGGAUGUUGUUGAUUAUUGCGGCGUGACGGUGAUUAUGCACCGCGGAACUGAAGCUGGAUUCCAGUCCAACCAUUUCUUUGUACCCGAGUUUAAAUUCGGAGGCGCCAUGUUUGCAAACUCGGACUGCGGCGAUUUAGUGAUUAGUGGGCUGACGUACCGGCUCAUUGACGAAGCGAUGAGGACAACACCUGGUCGAGAUGCUGAAUUCAUGUGGAGUGAUAGCAGCGAGGAAGACAGUGACGACGAUAGUGACUCGAGUUCGGACUCUGACGAUGAAGAAGAGAUUCGAGAAUUGCAACUAGAGCUGUGUCCAGGAUUGGAAAAGCCAGAGGCUUUGGCAAUGCCGCUAUCCGCUUACACGGGAUUCUACCUGCACGACGGAUAUCACCAUCUAAAGGUGGAAGCAAAGGAUGGUGCACUAUUUAUUAAUGCGCGAGACAGAGCGAUGGCUAUGGACAUUCGGUUCAUGCACGUGGCACACAAUACCAAGUUUAUUGCGUGUGCACACAUCUUGGCUGAUCAGGAGGACUUUUAUGUCAAGGCGGAAUUCAAGCUGGUGAACGGAAAAAGCGUGCGGCUGGGGAUUCAUUUCGAGACACGACUGGAGGAGUAUAUUUGGUUUGACAAGGUUCAAGUAAAUAGGGAUUAAAUUGGAAUGAAGACUAUUCAAGUUGGAAGAACAUGCAAAAUAUAUAGUGAAAAGCUAAUAAAUGAUAACGCUACCCAAUGCAGACAACUCGUAGA